AGGAGGGGCGGGAGCUUGGUAGGAGGAGCAGGAGAGGCAGACAGGCUUCAUAUGGAGCGGGAGCCUGGCUGUUGCUCAGGUGACCCACGUCUCUCUCUCGGAGGCUGUUGCUGCCACUGGACGACCAGCUAGCAGGGUCUCAGCCGCAAUGAUCCAGAAUGUCGGAAUUCACCUGCGAAGGGGCUUUGCCUCUGUGUUCUCGAGCCGCCAGUCCCGGAAGUCGGCCUCACGUGCAGAGGACAGCGCCAUGGCAGACACUGAAGGGUACCGGAACCCCACAGAGGUGCAGAUGAGCCAGCUGGUGCUGCCCUGCCACACCAACCAGCGUGGGGAGCUGAGCGUGGGGCAGCUGCUCAAGUGGAUUGAUACCACGGCCUGCCUGUCUGCGGAGAGGCAUGCUGGCUGCCCCUGCGUCACGGCCUCCAUGGACGAUAUCUAUUUUGAGCACACUAUUAGUGUUGGACAAGUGGUGAAUAUCAAGGCCAAGGUGAACCGGGCUUUCAACUCCAGCAUGGAGGUGGGCAUCCAGGUGGUCUCCGAGGACCUGUGCUCUGAGAAGCAGUGGAGCGUGUGCAAGGCCUUGGCCACCUUUGUGGCCCACCGGGAGCUCUCCAAGGUGAAGCUGAAGCAGACCACGCCGAGGACAGAGGAGGAGAAGACGGAGCACAGUGUGGCGGCUGAGCGCCGGCGCUUGCGGCUGGUCUAUGCAGACACCAUCAAGGACCUCCUGGCCAAUUGUGCCAUUCAGGAUGAUCUGGAGAGCAGAGACUGCAACUACAUGGUGCCGGCUGAGAAGACCCGCGUGGAGAGCGUGGAGCUGGUCCUGCCCCCCCAUGCCAAUCACCAGGGCAAUACCUUCGGGGGCCAGAUCAUGGCCUGGAUGGAGAACGUGGCCACCAUUGCUGCCAGCCGGCUGUGUCGUACCCACCCUACACUGAAGGCCAUUGAGAUGUUUCACUUCCGGGGCCCAUCCCAGGUUGGGGACCGCCUGGUGCUCAAGGCCAUCGUGAACAACACCUUCAAGAACAGCAUGGAGGUGGGUGUGUGCGUCGAGGCUUACCGCCAGGAGGCCGAGACCCAGCGCCGGCACAUCAACAGCGCCUUCAUGACCUUCGUGGUCCUGGAUGCAAAUGACCAGCCCCAGAUGCUGCCUUGGAUUCGGCCCCAGCCUGGGGACGGCGAGCGGCGGUACCGAGAGGCCAGUGCGAGGAAGAAGAUCCGCCUGGACAGGAAGUACAUUGUGUCCUGUAAGCAGGCAGAGAUGCCUCUCUCUGUCCCCUGGGACCCUAGCAAUCAGGUGUACCUGAGCUACAACAACGUCUCCUCCCUGAAGAUGCUUGUGGCCAAGGACAACUGGGUGCUGUCCUCAGAGAUCAACCAGGUCCGCCUGUACAUUCUGGAAGAUGACAAGUACCUCUCCUUCCACAUGGAGAUGUUGGUGCAUGUGGACACAACCCAGGCCUUCCUGCUACUCUCAGACCUGCGUCGGAGGCCCGAGUGGGACAAGCAUUACCGGAGCGUGGAACUAGUGCACCAGGUGGACGAGGACGAUGCCAUCUACCACGUCAUCAGCCCUGCCCUCGGCGGUGAUGCCAAGCCCCAGGACUUUGUGAUCCUGGCCUCCCGGCGGUAGCCUUGUGAC